AUGGUACUUGUCACAAAAGGUAAUUUUAUUUGGAUCGAGCCCGGAAAAAAUGAGGGAUCGAUUCCGAUUGCUGCGAGGGUCAUUGAUCAAAAUCACGGAAGACUCAAAGUUAUUGAUGAUCUUGGAAAUGAGCAAUGGCUUUCAGCGGACCGACGUGUGAAAUUGAUGCAUCCAACUUCCGUGCAAGGAGUCGAGGAUAUGUGCCAACUUGGAGAUUUUCAUGAAAGCGCUAUCCUCAGAAAUCUGUUCAUUCGUUAUAGGGAGAAGCUUAUUUAUGCUUACACUGGAUCAAUUUUGAUUGCGGUUAACCCUUAUAUGGAUAUUGCAAUAUACACAGCCGAUGAAAUCCGUAUGUACAAAAAGAAGAGAAUUGGGGAGCUGCCGCCGCACAUUUUCGCAAUUGCUGACAACGCUUAUACAAACAUGAGACGCGAAAAACGCGAUCAAAGUGUAAUCAUUAGCGGCGAAUCGGGUGCUGGAAAAACCGAAUCGACAAAACUCGUACUUCAAUUCCUCGCGACAAUUAGCGGGCAACAUAGUUGGAUAGAACAACAAGUUCUUGAAGCGAACCCGGUUCUUGAGGCAUUUGGAAAUGCGAAGACAAUUCGCAACGACAACUCGUCGAGAUUUGGAAAGUAUAUCGAUGUGCAUUUCAAUGAAAGCGGUUCAAUCGAAGGCGCCAAAAUUGAGCAAUAUCUAUUGGAGAAGUCUCGAAUUGUAACACAAUCGGAAAAUGAGAGAAAUUAUCACAUUUUCUAUUGCUUACUGGCGGGAUUGUCGAGAGAUGAAAAAAGGGAACUCGAGCUUGGUAAUGCUGCUGAUUACUACUAUCUUAUACAGGGAAAAACGCUAACAGCUGAUGGUCGAGAUGACGCCGCAGAUCUUGCUGAAAUCCGUUCAGCUAUGCGAGUCUUGAUGAUUAAUGAACAAGAAACUUGGAGCAUUUUUAAGCUUCUCGCCGCCCUUCUCCAUAUCGGUAAUAUUCGAUUUCGACCAAAUAGCAAUGAUAAUAUGGAGUCUGUGGAUGUUGCUGAUCCAGCGAUUCUCGUGAGAAUUGCCAAACUCCUUCAGCUUCGCGAAGGAGACUUGCUUCAAGCAAUUACCACAAAAAGUUUGGUUACAAGAGAAGAACGUGUAAUCUCGAGAUUGAAUGGCCAACAAGCUGUUGACGCGAGAGACGCUUUAGCGAAAGCCAUUUACGGUCGACUAUUCAUUUACAUCGUGCGUCGCGUUAAUGAUGCAAUUUAUAAGCCAUCGCAAACGCGAAGGACUUCAAUCGGGAUUCUCGAUAUUUUUGGGUUUGAGAAUUUCGAUUCGAAUAGUUUUGAGCAAUUGUGCAUCAAUUAUGCUAAUGAAUGCCUACAACAGUUCUUUGUGCAACAUAUCUUCAAAAUGGAGCAAAAGGAUUAUGAUGAAGAGCAUAUCAAUUGGAGGCAUAUACGCUUUGUCGAUAAUCAGGCGACUGUGGAUCUUAUAGCUCAACGACCCAUGAAUAUCAUGUCGCUUAUUGAUGAAGAAAGUAUCUUCCCAAAAGGUACCGACAAGACAAUGCUUUUGAAACUUCAUGGAGCGCAUGGAAAGAAUGAGCUUUACCUUCAACCAAAAUCCGAACUUCAGCGAGCUUUUGGAAUCACUCAUUUUGCGGGAAAUGUGUUUUAUAACACUAGAGGAAUUUUGGAAAAGAAUCGCGAUUCCUUCUCAACGGACUUGUCAUCGCUCAUUGCCACAUCGAAAAUGCCAUUUUUGGCUAGGUUGUUUGAUGAUUUGGAAUAUGAUACUGGAUCGAGAAAGAAAGUGACAGUUGGAAGUCAAUUUCGAAAAUCUUUGGAUUCUUUGAUGGCACAGCUGACAAAAACGCAUCCAUUCUUCAUUCGGUGUAUCAAGCCUAACGAGAUGAAACGCGCAUUGGUUAUGGAUCGAGAGUUGGUAUUGAGACAACUGAGAUAUUCGGGAAUGAUGGAAACUAUCAAGAUUCGAAGAAGCGGUUACCCGAUUCGUCACGACUAUUACCAUUUUGUUUUCCGUUAUCGUGUUCUUGUUCCUGGAAUCAAAGGCCCAACGAAGCGAUUAGAUCUUCAUGAGUGCGCGAAGAUAAUUUGUCGCAAAGUUCUCGGCGCCAACGAGGAUUAUCAAUUAGGGAAAACGAAGGUGUUCCUAAAAGAUCGACACGAUCUGUUCUUGGAACAAGAAUAUUAUCGAGUACUCAAAGAGAAAGCGAUAGUGAUUCAAAAGAAUGUGCGAAGAUGGCUUGUCAAGAAGGAUUUCGAUAAGCAAAAGCAAGCGGCAAUACGGAUCCAAACCGCUUGGCGAGGUUACGAUCAGCGGAAGCGGUACAAGCAGAUCAUUUCUGGUUUCUCGCGCCUCCAGGCAGUUCUUCGAUCUCGACAGCUCGUGUACCAUUACCAAUCGCUUCGCAAGACUAUUAUCCAAUUCCAGGCGCAUUGUCGUGGAACGCUAUUAAGAAAGCGAAUUGGCGAAAUGAGAAGACGUGGUGAACAGAAAGCGCCGAUGUCUGAUCUAUCAUCGGCCGAUUCGGUCAUUUCGGAUUCACACGAGGAAGAAUUAGUCGAUCAUAUCUUUGAUUUCCUUCCAAGUGAUGGAAAAGACUCGGGAAAUGAAAAUGAGAGUGCUGAGAGCAGUCGUAGAGGAUCAUAUGCAAAAUUACAUCCAUCUCCUGCUUUGCCAACCAACACAAUGAAAAACCAAAUCACUGAAGAUGAGGAUUUGAGCAAAUACCAGUUCGGAAAGUUUGCCGCUACUUUCUUUCAAGCCCAGGCUACAUCAUUUCAUUGUAAAAAGGUCUUGAAGGCGCCACUGCUCACUCAUACAGAACCAAGUGCUCAAUUGGCAUCUCUUGCUGUUUGGACGACCAUUUUAAGAUUCAUGGGAGAUCUUCCAGAAGCAAAACAAAGUGGAACAAAUGGAACGGAAAUUUAUGAUAAAACUCCAGUGAUGAGUCGACUUUAUGCGACGCUCGGAAGAAAAUACAGUUCGAAAGAUGUUGAAGAAGCAUCACUUGCCAGCGAGUUUGUUGGAAGUCGUACACUCAAAAAAGGAAUGGGCAAGAAAUUAAUGAGCAUGACUCUCAAAAAGAAAUCGAAGCUGAAUGGAUCAGACACUUCUUCAAUGUCAUCGGAAGGAUCGCUUUCUGGAUUCAAUUUGAUGAUGAUGGACAACAAGCCUAUGAGCAGCCUCGACAAACUUCAUUAUAUCAUUGGUCUAGGUAUUUUGCGAGAAGACUUGAGAGAUGAAAUUUAUUGUCAGCUCUGUAAGCAGCUCAGCAAUAAUCCAUCGAAACUCUCCGCUGCUCGCGGAUGGAUUUUGCUGUCAUUGUGUGUUGGAUGCUUUGCGCCGUCGGAAAAGUUCAUCAAAUAUCUCUAUUGCUUCAUUCGCAAGCGCGGCCCUGCCGGCACUGGCUACUCCGUCUAUAUUGAGCAACGACUAAGGAGAACGCAGGCGAAUGGAACAAGGCAUCAGCCUCCAAGCUAUGUUGAGCUUCAAGCUAAUAAGUCGCAAAAGUCUGUUGUAUUGGCGGUGACAUUCAUGGAUGGAAGUGUAAAGACGCUUUGCGCGGAUUCUGCAACCACUGCUUCCGAGCUUUGCAAACAGUUGGCUGAAAAAGUUGGACUCACUGAAAGUUUUGGAUUCAGUCUUUACAUUGCGUUAUUCGACAAGGUAUCCUCGCUUGGAAGUGGAAAUGAUCAUCUGAUGGAUGCCAUUUCCCAAUGUGAGCAAUAUGCUAAGGAACACGGACGUCAGGAGAGAAAUGCGCCAUGGAGAUUGUUCUUCAGAAAGGAAAUUUUCAGUCCGUGGCAUGAUCCAAAAGCCGACCCUGUUAGCACCAACUUGACAUAUCAACAAAUUGUUCGCGGCAUUAAAUAUGGCGAAUACCGCUGUGAUAGGGAGGAAGAACUUGCCGCAAUUUGCGCCCAACAAUAUUAUAUAGAUGAAGGCCCGAUGGAUGUCAACAAGUUGGAGAAUUUGAUUGUUUCGUAUCUCCCCGAUUUUGAACUUAAUGGAAAAGAAAUGGCAAUAGAAAAAUGGACACAAAUGAUUAUGCAUCAAUAUAGAAAGAAAUUUACUGGGCGUCUACCAACACAAAUUGAAGUUAAAGAAGACGUUGUCACAAUGGCAAAAUCAAAAUGGCCUCUCUUAUUCUCCAGAUUCUACGAAGCUCUCAAAUUUGCGGGACCACCUCUGCCAAAGAAUGAAGUUAUCAUUGCUGUUAACUGGACUGGUGUGUAUGUCGUAGAUGAUCGGGAGCACGUUAUGCUUGAAUUCACGUUUCCCGAAAUUUCAAGCACCGUUUACGGAAAAGGAAAGCGAAGUACAACCGAUACUUGUACAAUUCGAACGGUUGCUGGAGACGAGUACACGUUCCAAUCACCAAACGCCGACGACGUCACUAAUCUCAUCAGCUCGUUCUUGGAAGGCCUUAAGAAAAGAAGUAGAUAUCUUGUGGCAAUCCGGCCACAGAAAAAAGAUGAAGCGAAUAAUUUCGUCGAGUUUGAGAAGGGCGAUUUGCUGAUUUUAAUCAACGAAUUCACUGGUGAAACACUUUUGACGGAAAGUGUCGUGAAAGGAGAAAAUGCAAGAACGUGUCUGUUUGGACUAAUACGAACUGAAAAUGUUUAUGUGCUACCAACUCUCACAAAACCAUCUAAGGCAACAUUGCAAUUCUUCCCGAAGGACAUGGAUUUGUCAUUGGAUCAACUGAAUAACAAUAAGCACGUCUCAAUUGUCGAUUAUAAUUCGGAGCCCUACACAUUGGCCUCAUUCGCUGAGAACAAUUUCAACUCGCCAGUUAAACGUGUCGGAUCGCAAUUAUCUUUAAUGACGUUGCGCAAGAAAGAUACAGUAAUUGAAAACUGGCGAUUCUCACGUGAACUUAUCGAUGAGCCUCUGUUGAAGAAGUUGAAAGAAAGAGAUGACGCGAGCCGUGGUGCCAUUGAAAUAUUCGCAACAAUAAUGAAAUACAUGGGAGAUGAACCAUCGAAAAGAAGCCGUCUUGGCACACAUCUGACCGAUCAUAUCUUCAAACUUCCCAUCGCUAUUGAAGUUCUCCGUGAUGAGUUGUAUUGUCAAAUCAUCAAACAACUAACAUUCAAUCCAUCCAUGAUUUCCGAGGAGAGGGGAUGGGAACUUCUUUGGCUUGUUACCGGAUUGUUCGCUCCGAGUGCUGCACUUGCUAAAGAAGUCUCGCAUUUCUUGAAGUCCCGACCACAUCCAAUUGCACUCGAUUGCCAAAAUCGAAUGCAGAAGUUGUCCAAGGGUGGAAGUCGUAAAUAUCCGCCACACAUGGUUGAAGUUGAGGCAAUUCAGCAUAAGACAACGCAAAUCUUCCACAAAGUCUUCUUCCCAGAUCACACAGAUGAAGCAAUUGAGGUGGAUUCGGCAACAAGGGCUUGCGAUUUUUGCCAGAAAAUUGGAUAUCGACUGGGUUUGAAAUCGUCUGAAGGUUUCAGUCUUUUUGUCAAAAUUAAAGACAAGAUUCUUGCUGUUCCCGAAACCGAAUUCUUCUUCGAUUUCGUUCGUCAAUUAUCCGAUUGGGUUCAUACUAACCAUGCUCUACAGAAGAAUACAGCGAUGGUUCCAAUUAACUACCAAGUGUACUUUAUGCGCAAACUUUGGUGUAAUGUGGUUCCUGGAAAUGACCCGCAAGCGGAUUUGAUUUUCCAUUAUAAUCAAGAAUGCCCGAAAUAUCUUCUUGGUUAUCACAAAACUACAAAGAAGGAUGUUAUAGAGUUGGCAGCUCUUAUUUUGAGAGCUAUUACUCAGGAUUCAAAGAUGGCUCCAUUAACUCAAAUUCCUCAACUUCUUGAGGAUCUCGUUCCAAAGGAUUCCCUUAAAAUGCAUUCAGCAAGCGAAUGGCGAAAGGUUAUCAGCAACGCUUAUGCUCGCGUGGAGCAUUUGAAAUCGGAUCAAGCCAAACUUGAAUUCCUGAAUUACAUAAGCAAGUGGCCAACAUUUGGUUCAGCCUUCUUCCCAGUUUCACAAUAUUCCGACUUGAGUCUGCCUGACCGCUUGUUGAUAGCGAUCAAUCAGAAUGGAGUGAACAUUUACCAUCCAGAGAACAAAACACUCCUUGUACAGUAUCCGUUUAACGUGAUAUGCAAUUGGACAAGUGGAAACACGUAUUUCAAUAUUACCGUUGGAAAUAUGCUGAAAGGAAACGAAGGAAAAAAAUUGUUACUGGACACAACUAUGGGUUACAAAAUGGACGAUCUUCUGACGUCUUAUAUCUCUUUACUUAUUUCAAAUCAAACCAAUCAUCCAACAGCCCACCGUGAAGUUGCCUUAUAA